CUAGCUUUAUUACAUUAUUAGUAUUAUCUGAUUUCUUGCUUCAUAGUAGUUGUUUCCUUCUUAAGACAAUGGCACUGAGUGGUAAGCUUAGUACUGAAAUUGUGAUCCAUGCACCUGCUGGAAAGUUCUUUAAUCUUGUAUCAAAAUCUCUCCACGAUGUUCAAAAUAUUUGUGAAAGAGUGCAUCACGCCAAGCUGCUUCAGGGUGAGGACUGGCAAAGCAUCGGCGGUUCGGUUAAACACUGGACAUAUGUUAUAGAUGGUAAAGUAACUACAUGCAAGGAGACAAUUGAAUCCAUUGAUGAGAAGAACAAGACAAUCAAAUUGAAUCUCUUUGAUGGAGACAUAAGUCAACAGUAUAAAGUCUUGAAGCUCACCAUGCAAGAGAUUGAUAACAGCAAUGGAAGUGUUUCAGCUAAAUGGACAGUUGAAUAUGAGAAAAUUAAUGAUAACGUGGAAGCUCCUUAUGGUUACAUGGAAUACGUUGACAAAUGUACUAAAGAAAUGGAUGCUCAUCUUCUCAAGGCAUAAUAAUUACUGAAAGAAAAUUAGAAGCACGUUAUAUGAUGAAUGGUUGGAAGUGUUUAUAUAAAUUAAAUAAUAA